UCUCCUUUUUUUCUCUCUCUAAAAAACGGUGGUGGUCCGAAAAAUGUAUCUAUCUCUCAAUGUAUGUGUUUCUCUCUCUCUAAACGAGGAGUGACCUGGAAAAUGGAUUUGAAAGCCGCUGGCACAACCACAACACAAAAGAGACACCUUUGAAAGACACAGAGAGAGAGAGAGAGAGAGAGCCUUUGCAUUUCAAAAAUCAAAUCCUAUACACUCAAAAUACACACAUACUACUCUCAUUUCUCUCGAUUUCAGUUGAGUUUCAUCCAAUUUCGCCAAGAUCACAGUCCUAGGGUUCGGAUUCAAUCUCACUCUCUCUCUACUUCCCCAGAUCCUUCUAUAUCCUCUCACUUCAAUGGUCUUCUUUUGAGGCUUAAAUAGUUCUUAUGUGUUGAAUUUAUUGAGAUUUACAGCCUGCAAUGGAUGCUGAAAAUGAUGUACCUUUUUUGACAAACGGGAUGAGCCAUGGAAAUGGAGUUCUUGAACAAGUUCCUUCCCCUAUAGAAGAAGACAUUGUUUUGGGGAAAGUGAAUGGGGUUCCUGCUAUUGGGUCUGAUAUUGCAGGGCCAAAUGGGAAUCCAGAAAACGUUGCCAAGUUGGAGGAUGGUGGAACCAGCAACUCAUCUAAUGAAGCAGAACCAGACAGAAUAACCGCACGUGCCGAAAGUAAUGGUUUGAUUACCUCUAAGGAACUUGGAGUGAAAGAAACAAAUCAGUCAACGGGUCCUAAACCGCAAAAGGGUCUAGGUAAGGCCAAAAAUGAGAAGCCUUCUAGCCCCAAACUUGCUUCAACAACCUUGGUGAGAAAGAGUAAAGAUGGAAAAGAUAUGGAGACAGCUUCUGCUCUUCCAAAUGGUUCCUUGGCUUCUAAUUCACGCCCAAAGCAGUCUACUACCCUUGGAACAAAGAGUAGAUCAUUUAAUGACAGAGAGGUUGCUGACAGUAACUCUAAACCUAUCAAUGCUCGCAUACCCAAGCAAUCUGGAAAGUCUGAUGCAACAUCAUCCACCGUUAAUGCAACAGAGUCUGAAGGCCUUGUGGAGAAGACAAAACUCAAACCAUUGAAAAAAGGCCCUCCAAAUAAAGCUGAAGGAAGCAUAGAAUCUACUUCCCCCACUGAAGGAGAUGCCAAACCCCAUAGAAUGGGUACUCUUCCAUCCUAUAAUUUCAGUUUCCGGUGUUAUGAAAGAGCUGAGAAAAGAAAAGAGUUCUACACCAAACUCGAGGAAAAGAUUCAUGCAAAGGAAGUAGAAAAGAGUACCUUGCAAGCCAAAUCCAAGGAAAGUCAAGAAGCUGAGAUUAAAAUGUUAAGAAAAAGCUUGACUUUUAAAGCGACACCCAUGCCAAGCUUCUAUCAAGAACCUCCACCUCCUAAGCCUGAGUUAAAGAAGAUACCUACAACAAGAGCCAAAUCUCCCAAGCUUGGUAGAAAAAAGAGCUCACCCACAAGAGACUCUGAAGGAAACAGUAGCCACAGCUAUCGAUCUGGUCGGUUAAGUUUGGAUGAGAAAUUGUCCCAAAACAACACCACCAAAGGACCUCCAACUCAUCUUAAGAAGCCACAGAGGAAGUCCCUCCCCAAGCUGCCUUCCGAAAAAACCGUCUUAUCCAAUGAAGCGAAUCUAGCUGCAUCUCAUAAAACCACCCUACCCAAGGAGACGAGCAAAAUUGCAUCUACCAUGCAAGAGGAGGCAGCUCCUAGUGUUGAGCCAAGCGAUGCUCAGCCCAACAUGGAUGAUGUGUCUGUAGUUGAAGAUCAAGCCCAGACCACCUUGGUGCAGGAACCAAUUGUGUUGGAGAAUUAAACACAACGGGCAGUGGAACUGAAAAUGUAUUUAUUGCCCUCAAUCCCAUUUCGCCAAAAUAUUACAAAGAGGUAUGAAUUUGUCUUGGAAUCAUUUGACAAUGAAGGCGUGAAGGAUCUUGUGUUAAGGGUUGUUUUGUCAUCUUGACCAUAGGCAGCAUCAAGGUUUGCUCAUUUUAAUGUGCCUUAGCUUUCAAGAUUUGCUUGUUCAGUCAUUAGGAUUGUGCAUCCUAUUGCAGCAUUGUACAAUAACUGUUUGUCAGUUUGUUGUUAUGCUAAUUUAUGUCUAAAUAUGCUUUAGUUGCCUGGUUGUUGAGACCAUAUGGGAAAAUUUUGGGGAAAAAAACUUUUGUUGGACCGGCCAUUGUCGAAGUACUUGAUGUUCAGAUUCUACUCUCAUGAACAAAUGAGGUUGUUGUAUGGCUGUCAAGGUUACUCUAAUGGACAUUUGGUUAUUGUUUAUUGAUUGAGCUUUAUGUUGUAUUGUUAA